AUGAUAAGGACAUUAUCGACCGUUUUAGCAUAUCUUUUGUUUCUCAUAGCAAAUGUGAAUUCUUACCCAUAUGAGGCAUACCCUAUAAAUAAGCAAAUACCGCCAGUCGCUAGGGUAAACGAAGAUUUCCAAUUCAUGAUAUCAAAUGAUACAUACAAAUCGUCACUAAACGACUAUCAGCAAAUAACAUACAAGGCAUUUAACCUACCAACUUGGUUAUCCUUUGACGAAAGUACACGUACCCUAACGGGCUCCCCAAGCUCUGAUAUUUUUACUGAUCUAACUGCGGAGUUGUUAUAUUUUAAUUUCAUUUUAGAAGGUACAGAUAGUUCUGAUAAUAAAAAAUUAAAUAACACAUAUCAGUUAGUUAUCACUAAUUAUACCAGCGUUGAAGUAGCAGAAAGUUUUAACUUAUUAGCAUUAUUGAAAAACUAUGGCGACACAGAUGGCAAAAAUGGUCUGAUUUUAUCACCAAAUGAUGUCUUUAACAUCACUUUCGAAAGAUCUGAUUUCGAUUCAUCUUCUGGAUAUUCAGUAAGUACAUAUUAUGGACGUUCAGAAAAAUAUCACGCACCAUUGCCAAAUUGGAUAUUUUUUGACUCUAAUAAUUUGAAAUUUAGUGGUACAGCUCCAGUGGCUAAUUCACAAAUUGCUCCCCAAGUUUCAUACGAUUUUUCAUUUAUUGCCUCUGAUAUUGAAGGCUACGCAGGUUCUGAAAUUCCAUUUUCCAUUGUUGUUGGUGCACAUUCCUUAACAACUACUGUCCAAAACACAAUUCUAAUAAAUGUUACUGACGACGGUGCAUUUAAUUAUGAAUUACCUUUGGAUUACACUUUCUUGGACCAACAAUUGGUUAGUACUGAAAAUAUCAGUUCAGUCCAAUUAAUUGAUGCUCCAGAUUGGGUUUCGUUAAAUAAUUAUACAAUCGAAGGAACAGUAAAUUCAGAUUCUGCGAACUAUGGCAACAAUACAUUCUCUGUAUCGCUUUACGAUAUAUACGGGGAUGCAAUCUACUUUAAUUUUGAAAUUUUAUCAACAACUUCAUUAUUUGCUAUAACGUCAUUUCCAAGUGUGAAUGCAACUAGGGGUUCUUAUUUCCAAUAUGCUUUUUUGCCUUCCCAAUUUACUGAUUAUGAUAAUACCGAGGUUACAAUUAAACCUUCAAAUUCUUCUCAAGACUAUUCAUGGUUAUCAUUUAGCAGUUCCAAUUUAACUAUAUUAGGUAACGUUCCUGAAUUAUUCGAAUCACUAGAUCUUUCUGUGAUUGCAACAAAAGGUGAGGAAACUGAAAGUUUAAUUUUUAGCAUAAUGGGUGUCGGAAAUUCAAGCACAACAUUUAAUUCUACUAAUUCUACUUCUAUGUCUUCCAGGUCUUCUUCAUCAACUAGAACAUCACUAUCAUCCUCUACAACAUCAACAUCAUCUUCGUCUUCAACAUCAGCUUCGUCUUCUCAAUCGCAAUCUACAACUGCGUCUUCAACAGCAAGCACAGUUGCUGUUUCAAAAACAUCUUCAAAUAAGAAGACAGUAGCAAUUGCAUGCGGCGUUGUUAUUCCUAUUUGUUUUAUCAUUUUACUGGUAUUGGUUUUCUUAUUCUGGAGAAGAAAGACUAAUAAAGCUGCUGCUGAUGAAGAAGAACACCCAACCACAGAUGGACCAGCUAUUAAACCAUAUAGUCCAAAUAAUGGGGAAUCAUCUCCAUCUGAUCCAUUUGUCGAUGAUAAUAACCAAAGAAGUAUUACAGGGUUAGUAUAUAAUUCAUCCAGUUCAGAUUCUUCCUCAUUUUCAGAUAAGGAUACUCGCUCUAGUAGUGAAAGCAGUAACGAUAUUUAUGUCGAUGCCAACCAUAAUCCUAGUAGGGAAAUGUUAUUGGGAAGUAUGGAUAACUAUUCCUCUGAAAACUUAAAUGAUAAUAAUAGAACAUCAUCAUUGUAUUUGAAUGAUGAACCUGCACUACGUAAGUCCUGGAGAUAUACUCAAAAUACUCUAUCAAAUAUUACAGAAGGAAAAGGCAGAGAAAGUAUCCUGUCUUUGAACACUAUUUCAACAGAUGAAUUUAUAAACACAAAAAUUUCCAAUGAAGGUCAAGUAAAUAAAGAUCCAAGGAAAUCCACACUAGGAUUACGUGAUUCUGUUUUUGGCAGUAAAUCAUCUGUUUAUUUUAAUCGCAAUUCAGCUUCGAACCAGGAAUCUAGUGAAAUAGCAUUGCCAACUCUUCAAGAAAAUAGAAAAAGUCUUAAUCCUUUUAUAAAUCAGACCGAAAGUGACUCAAAAUUAUCUCCAUCAUUGGUGUCAUCUUCGUCUGAUGAAAUUAUACCAAUUAGGCAAGGCAAUAGUUAUGGUUGGGUCAAUAAAAACGACAGUCUAAACUCAAAACUAGGAAAGAAAAAGGUAGUGACUAUCAAUGAUGACAGUAACAUUGAUAUUGGCGAAGGAUUAGAAUAUGAAGGCCAUCUUGCUGAGCAAGUUUAG